GGACUCUAGUCUCUCAAAACUCCAACACUAGAGAGUACAGAGACACUCGCUUCUCACACUCAACGUACUGUACAGAAAAACAGGUCUGUCGAUUCUUGAUCUAUAACUAUCUCACCACUUUAAUCCACUUUAAUUCACAAUACACAGAGAAGAUUCUAAAUCAGGCCUCAAAUGCUGAUUUGAUUUGAUCGGAUCCAAGACCAAGAUGGGACAUGUAAACUUGCCUGCAUCGAAGCGAAACCCUAGGCAAUGGAAGCUUUUGGACCUCGUCACCGCUUCUUUCUUUGCCCUUGUGUUGCUGUUUCUGCUCUUAGUCUUCACUCCCCUCGGCGACUCGAUGGCGGCAUCGGGGCGGCAGUCUCUGCUACUUUCCUCGUCGGAUCCACGGCAGCGCAACCGCCUUGUGGCUUUGGUUGAGGCCAGGCAGCAUCCGCAGCCCAUCGAGGCUUGCUCCGCUGAGGAAGUGGACCAUAUGCCUUGCGAGGAUCCCAGGCGUAACAGUCAGCUCAGCAGGGAAAUGAAUUUUUACCGGGAACGGCACUGUCCCAAGCCUGAGGAUACGCCGCUCUGCUUGAUCCCGUCGCCUCCUGGGUACAGGAUACCGGUACAGUGGCCCGAGAGUCUGCACAAGAUAUGGCAUGCCAACAUGCCGCACAACAAGAUUGCUGACAGGAAAGGUCACCAAGGAUGGAUGAAAGAAGAAGGCCCGUACUUCAUAUUCCCUGGUGGAGGCACAAUGUUUCCUGAGGGAGCCAUUCCAUACAUUGAGAAACUUUCACAGUAUAUCCCUAUAAAAGGUGGAACUCUUAGGACUGCCCUUGACAUGGGAUGUGGUGUUGCCAGUUUUGGAGGGUAUCUGCUAAAUGAAGGCAUUUUAGCCGUAUCAUUUGCUCCAAGAGAUUCGCAUAAGUCACAGAUUCAAUUUGCUCUGGAAAGAGGAAUCCCAGCAUUUGUUGCCAUGCUUGGCACUCGCAGACUCCCAUUUCCUGCAUUCUCUUUUGACUUUGUGCAUUGCUCCAGAUGUUUAAUCCCUUUUACAGCCUAUAAUGCAACUUAUUUCGUUGAAGUGGACCGAUUACUUCGCCCCGGAGGAUAUCUUGUCAUCUCUGGACCCCCAGUGCAGUGGCCAAAGCAAGAUAAGGAAUGGGCGGAUCUCCAGGGUGUAGCUAGAGCAUUAUGUUAUGAGCUGAUUGCUGUCGAUGGAAACACUGUCAUCUGGAAAAAACCUGCUGGAGAUUCUUGCUUACCCAACCAAAAUGAGUUUGGCCUGGAAUUAUGUGAUCAGUCGGAUGAUCCAAUUUAUGCAUGGUACUUCAAGUUGAAAACUUGUACAAUUAGGACUUCUUCUGUUAAGGGACAAUAUGCUGUAGGGACAAUUCCUAAAUGGCCAGACAGGCUUACAAAAACACCUUCAAGGGCCAUGGUCUUGAAAAAUGGAAUUGACGUGUUUGAAGCUGACACGCGACGAUGGGCUAGGAGGCUAGCUUACUACAAGAAUUCUUUGAACGUGAAGCUUGGGACUUCCUCAAUCCGCAAUAUCAUGGACAUGAAUGCAUUCUUUGGAGGUUUUGCUGCAGCAUUGGUGUCUGAUCCUGUCUGGGUGAUGAAUGUUGUUCCUGCACGCAAGUCAUCAACUCUGAGUGUAAUAUAUGACCGAGGCCUUAUUGGAGUCUAUCAUGAUUGGUGUGAGCCUUUCUCUACGUAUCCCCGCACAUAUGAUCUCAUCCAUGUGGCUGGCAUUGACUCACUAAUAAAAAGUCCAGGACCUCCAGGUUCAAGCAAAAACAGGUGUAACCUUGUGGAUUUAAUGGUGGAGAUAGACAGAAUGUUGCGUCCAGAAGGAACGGUAAUCGUUCGAGAUUCCCCUGAAGUUAUUGACCGUGUAGGUCGUAUGGCUCAUGCUGUAAGGUGGACAAUCACCAUACACGAGAAAGAACCUGAAUCUCAAGGAAGAGAAAAGAUUCUUGUUGCAACCAAAACCUUUUGGAAGCUACCCUCAACAUCCCACUGACCGUAACCUUCUCUGUAAUAUGUAGGUAUUCUUUUCCUAUCUAUUUUUGAUUUUGUAUGGAUUAGUUCAUCAUGCAUCAAGCGGAUGCAUAUAUUUCUGGUCACUUCUUUCAUUUGGUUAUUCAUAUCAGGAAAUAGUCUAGAUCAAGUACAAAAAUUGUCCUAGACAUUUCCGUUUAUAUAGAACAUGCCUACCAUACCACUGAAAAUGAUGAUAAUUUUUUUUACGAGGA